AUGAAUGAAUCAACAGAGAUCAUGGAGUUACAUGGCUUAGAAGAUGAAGACUACUGGGAUUUCUUUUCACAAUGUGCAUUCGGUGAUGCAAAUCCUUCUGAUUUUCCAAAACUGAAAAAAAUUGGCCAAGAAGUGGUGAGCAAGUUGGCCGGAUCACCUUUAGCUGCAAUGACAGUUGGGAGUUCACUGAAACCGGUGCUAAAAGAAAAACAUUGGAGUUCUAUCUGUGGAAGAAAAUUGUGUCAAAUAGAGCAAAAGGAAGAUGAUAUUAUACCAGUAUUGCGACUGAGUUAUGAGCAUCUUCCUGACCAUUUGAAGCAAUGUUUUGUUUACUUUGCAUUGUUUCCUAAGAAAUACCACCUUCAAGGAGAUGAGCUAGUACAGAUGUGGAGAGCUCAUGGUUUCCUUAACACAGAUGCACCAGAUGAAAUUGCAUAUCGUUAUAUCAAUGACCUGUUGCAGCUUUCAUUCAUUGAGAAGGUACCCAGCCAAGAUGACCAUUAUGUAGUUCACGACUUGCUGCAUGAUUUUGCAGAGUCGGUCUCCAAUGGAGAACACUUCAGAAUAGAAGAUAAACUCCAGGUAUGCGUUCCAAGAAAUGUUCGCCACCUAUAUGUCAGUGCAAGCAGUAUAUCUGAGGUGUACUGGAUUUUGCAAGAAUUCACAGAAUUGAAGAAAAAUCUGAGAAGCUUAAUAAUUUGCAAGGCAGAAGAAGGUGCUUCCCAGAAAAGAAUACCCUCAUCAACCUUCAAUUAUGGUCUUGGUCAGACACUCCAAGAGCUAAGAAGCUUAAGGGUCUUAGUACUGCACAAUCCUGAUGGUAUUCUCCCAGACAAAAUUGAUCAUUUGAAACACCUUAGGUAUCUAAACAUUCAUGGAAGUAUGAGAUUUAUCAAUGUCCCCGAGUCAUUAUUCAAACUCUACCAUUUACAUGGAUUGAGUCUCCAAACUCAUCAAGACAGGAUCGUGGAAAAGGAACUCCAAGAGGGCUUAAGUAGGCUGACCCAGUUAAGAUACCUGAAGGCUCCGAAGAAAAUAAUUUCAGGCAUAGAAUGGAUUGGCAAGCUAAGAUCCCUCCAGGAACUAGAAGAGUACAAAGUGAAGAGUAACAUGAAGCGCAACAUAUGCCAACUGAGGGAGUUGAAUGAACUUCGAGGGACGCUAACCAUAACAAAUCUUCAGAAUGUAAGAUGCAGCAAAGAAGCAAAUGAGGCAAGAUUAUUUGAUAAGAAGAACCUGAACAAGCUAGCACUCUCGUGGAAUCAUCUCAAACAGAGCACCAACAGUGACCAUGAAGGCGUGUUUGAAGGGUUACAACCAAAUGCCAACUUGAGAGCACUUUGUGUCAGAGGUUACAUGGGAAUCAAGUCUCCUUCUUGGCUAUCCUUUGAAUACGCAUCCAACAUUCACUCCAUUGAAUUGCUCUGCUGCCAUCACUGGAAGACCCUUCCACCAUUUGGGAGUUUACCCUUCCUGCAGAAAUUAAGGAUAAUGCGUUUGACAAAACUGGAAAAGAUUGAUUCUGGAUUCUACGGCAAUGCGGCAGAGGCAUUUCCAUCACUAGAAGAGCUUCUAUUUGAAGGCAUGACUCAGUGGAAAGGAUGGUCAGGCGUUGAGAACAACCAAAAUGUGUUUCCUCGCCUGCGUGACAUCCGUAUUCAGAAAUGUAACAAGUUGAUGGGGCCUUUGCCGUUCCCACCAUCAUUCAAUAAAAUCAAAAUUUCAGUAUGUGACUCAGCCUCUGAGAAGGUAAUCAGUCAUGAACCUGAAGAUACAGCUGAUGCCAGCAUGCCCCUCGGUGUUCAGCUCUCCCUGGACCGAAUGGCUGCAACAACUCACCUCAGUGAAGGAAAUUCGCUUCACUGGCUGUCUAAAAUUGACAUCACUGCCAUCCAACAUGAUUGA